AUGGCGGCCUCUGCCGCAUUGUCACUCCCCCUGCCGCCACGCCCUCUCCCCUGCCACGCCCUCAUCGGCCGCACUGCCUCCGCCGCCGUCGCAUCCGGCAGCAGCGGCGAGGGUUCUGUCGCUCUCGCGGUUCCGCCGCGCGCAGCAGGGCGGGCGCGCAGGGAGACGAUGAUGGGCGCGCACGUGCAUCAGGGGGCGCGGAGGUGGCGCGCCGUGCGAGCGACUAUGGGGGGCGCGGAAGGAGGAGGUGGGGAGGGGGACGGGGAAGGAGAGGCGGACGGGAAGAAGGGUGGGGGCGAGGGGCAGCAUGGCUGGGAGGCGUGGCAGGUGGCGCAGCGGAUGUACGCGGCGGUGAACGCGCGGGACGUGGCGGGCGCAGUGGCGUGCAUGGCGGAGCGGUGUGAGUACCAAGAUAUGAUCUACCGCGAUGCCCUCCACGGCAAACAGGCGGUGGAGCAGCACCUGAGGCGCGUGCUGCACGCCAUGCCGCCCGGAGUGGCCUUCAUUAUUGACGACAUCUCCACCGGGGAUACCCGUGCCUGCGGGGUGAUGUGGCACGCAGAGGUGGAUGGCCGGCCUCUCCCAUUCAGCCGCGGCUGUUCCUUCAUUCGCUGCCAGCCCGAGAACGGUGCUCUGCGCAUUGUGUUCGUGAGGGACAUCCCCGAGCCGUCCUUCAAGCCAGGCUCGGCUGCCCUU